AUGCCUUCCACAUUCACGGACAAUGAACACGGUAAACCAAAACUGCGGAACUGGAAACACAACCAGGUGCACGACCAACACCUACACGACCAAUCACCCCGGCCAGACUUAAGAUGGGUUUUUCCUGCAGUGAGAGAGAUCGAAUUUACAAAAGAGCAACUGGCGGAAUAUGACGCGCUUCUCAACGAUGAAUGCAAUCAAAAACUGAAGGAUUUCUGGCAGAAAAAGUACCGGCAAGACCAAGGCAAGAAUUGGGAGUUGUUUUAUAAACGGAACGAGACCAAUUUCUUCAAGGAUCGCACUUGGCUAACACGAGAGUUCGCCCACAAUGGAUGUGACGCAGAUAUGUUUGACUUGCAGAGUCUGAGUAAGACCGACGGGACGUGGAAAUUCAUAGACAUCGGCUGCGGGGUCGGUAAUGCGGUUUUCCCUCUUCUGAAGCUUUAUCCGAAUUGUCGAGCGUAUGAGUAUGACGUGUCAAGAAGGGCAAUAAAUUUUCUGGAAGAGCGCUACCGGACAGACUCAGUUCUUGGUCGUAUAGUGCGCGUCGGUGUGUGGGACCUUAUUAAGCAUGAACAUCCACAAGAGAUUUGGUCACCCAAAGUCAAAAUUGAAGGGCACGCACAUGAAGGGCACGCACAUGAAGGGCACGCACAUGAAGCAGAGGCAAUGGAUGUAACAGUCACCGAUUUGGCUAUCUCGACGGAUGAUUAUAGGAACAUGGAUGUGGCUAUGCUAAUGUUUGUUUUGUCAGCUAUUCCCAUUGAGAAUGUCCAAACCGUCAUAGGGAGAGUAGUAAAGACGUUACGAGUUGGAGGUCUACUCUUAUUUAGGGAUUAUGGUAGGUAUGAUGAGAAGGAAAUCCGUUUCGCAAAACGAUCGCAGUCUAAGUUAGACGACCACUUUUAUGUGCGGCAAGAUGGCACAUUGGCUUUGUACUUCGAUAAAGAUGAGCUGGAUCAAAAUAUGAGUGCUAACGGAUUUGAAGUAGUUAGCUCUCAGUACAUCACUAGACAGUUUACAAACAGGAAGACGGGUCAAAAACUCAAUCGGUGUUGGCUUCAAGCCAUCUACCGACGGAAAUCCUGA